CCCCCGUUCCUGCUCUGUCUCGUGCCACCACUCCGCAUCAUAAUGGGUCGCGUUCUUCUCAAGGUUAUCAUCCUGGGCGAUAGCGGGGUCGGCAAGACCUCGCUCAUGAACCAGUAUGUCAACAAGCGCUUCAGCAACCAGUACAAGGCCACUAUUGGCGCAGACUUCCUGACGAAGGAGGUAAUGGUGGAUGACAGGCUCGUUACGAUGCAGCUGUGGGACACGGCGGGCCAGGAACGUUUCCAGUCACUGGGCGUAGCAUUCUACCGUGGCGCAGACUGUUGCGUGCUGGUCUACGACGUCAACAGCGCCAAGUCCUUUGAGACACUCGACAGCUGGCGCGACGAGUUUCUCAUCCAGGCUAGCCCACACGAUCCAGAGAACUUCCCCUUCGUCGUCCUCGGGAACAAGAUUGAUAUGGAGGAGAGCAAGCGUCAGGUCACCCAGAAGCGUGCCAUGACCUGGUGCCAAUCCAAGGGGAACAUACCGUACUUCGAGACGUCGGCGAAGGAGGCUAUCAACGUCGAGCAGGCGUUCCAGACUGUCGCCAAGAACGCGCUGCAGCAGGAGCAGGAUGAUCAAUUGUAUGUCGACUAUCCGGACCCAAUCCGGAUUGACUCGGAGAGCUCUCAGGGCGGUAGCUGCAGCUGCUGAGUGCGUGGUGAGCGUUUGCCGCUAUCUUCGCGGACUAGUCUAUUGUCCGUUGAUGUUGAUGUCACUUGAGGACAACCUGUUACCCCUUACUUCAAUUGCCACGUCUUUGUCAACUUAAGGCCACGCUUUACAAUAAUUUACCGCUCCCCUUCGUCGCUGUUUCGUUUUUGCACUUGUACAUCCGUAAACGUAGCUAUCUGAACGAGUAUCGGUGUUGGAAUAGCACGGGAAAGCCUUGGGCGAGAUGGG